UAAAGCAGCUUUUAAUUAGUUCAAAUUGAGCUUAAGGUCAGUGAGAGAAAACUGCUGUGUCAUUCAUGAAUGGGUGGAAGCUCUUAUUGCCCUGCUAGGUGUGGUCUUUUUAUUGUUCCUUGUUGUAAAUGGUGGUGCAGCCUCGCUCUAUACAUUUGGUUUGAAGGCGUUUAAAGUGUGAGCUUGGAUUUGAUCUUAGUACACUUAUCACUUUGCUGUUUGUGGGCCACAGAGGCCUUGUCUGACUUGUUCUGAAAUGGUGGCCUUAAACUGCGGCAGAUGAACAAAGAUUGUUUCAGUUGUGUUUAAUAAUUUAAAUAUUCAGUGUUUUGUGUAUAUUGCCAGUGUUUUACAGCAGUUAUUGCAAGUAAUUCUUUUAUAACACUCGAUGUCACUGUACUUAAAGAUGGCGGCUGUGCGCCUCUUCUGAAAGACAGAAAUGCGGAUAUUCCAGUAAGCAGUGAGCUGGGGAGAGGCUCUUGGCUCUUGAAGGGUACGCGUGACCCAGUGCAAGAGCCAAUAGGGUUCUUGGUAUUUACCCUGGAAGCCCGCGUUACAACCUUAUUGACCAAUCCCCGCCGCUGCUUUGCACACGUUGACGUAAUGUAAUAUGAUAAGGAGGAGGGUGGCCUGGUUGCCCUUGCAUUUUGUACAGGAUUAUGUUGAAGAACCAGUUACAGACGGCUUUUCUGUAAUACCGAAUAGGCUCGACCAAUAGUAUUGCGCCAUUGCCUUGACGGACAGCUCAAACUUGCGAAUAGGUUGGCCAAGAAGAUUGGCAGAGAAGCGUCAGUAUCGAGGGGCGUGGUAACUUUGACGGACACCGGAAGCAGCGAAUAGGAACUUCGAAGGCGGUGACAUUCUGAGGUGGUCUAUCCAAUAGGGUGGAUGGCUGGUCUAUAAAUGAACGGGUGUAGUCGCAUCGUCGCCAUUUCAACGAAGCAGAAUACAGGAAUUCACUGUGGCGGGGAGCGGAGAAGACUGACGAACAGAGACGGAUCCAGGUCUGAGUCUAGCUAAAAACAGAAUCCGGAUCCAUCCUGAUGGAUAUGGCUGUUAACCCGCUCCUUGACAGCUCCCUUGUCGAGGUGGGGAUAAUGGGAGUCACAACGAUGGACCAGAGUUCUGGCACAGCCGGGAAACGCAUCCGAAAACCAUCACUGCUCUAUGAGGGCUUCGAGAGUCCGGGAAUGCCUGCCGUCAAUCAGAGCUCCUAUCCGGGACCCCCACAGCCCCCGGUUAGAGACCCCAGUCGGCAGGGGAGGAUGACCAACCAACUUCAGUUCCUACAGAAAGUCCUGCUCAAGUCUUUGUGGAGGCAUCACUUCGCCUGGCCCUUCCAUGAACCUGUUGACUCAGUCAAGCUCAGCCUGCCUGACUAUCAUAAGAUCAUCAAAACUCCUAUGGACAUGGGCACUAUUAAGAAGAGACUAGAAAAUAACUACUACCGCAGUGCCAGUGAGUGCAUGCAGGACUUCAACACCAUGUUCACCAAUUGCUACAUUUAUAAUAAGCCUACAGAUGACAUAGUACUGAUGGCCCAGUCUCUGGAGAAGGCAUUCCUGCAGAAAGUGGCACAGAUGCCCCAAGAGGAGCUAGAGCUGCCGCCUCCUCCUCCGAGGAGCAAGCCAGGCAAACCUGGGAGAAAAGGCAGAGUAUCAGGAGGAGUGACGACGGCUCAUCAGGUCCCAGCUGUCUCCCAGUCUGCCUACUCACCUCCCACCCCGGAAACUCCCGACUCCAUUCUCUCUACCCCCCCACAGACACUUUUGACCAAGAGCAUGCCCCCUUCCCUUCCACCUGAACAAAGCAUCCCUACCAUUACGGGUCUACCUCCAACACAGCCCACAGCUAAGAAAAAAGGUGUGAAGAGGAAAGCAGACACAACCACCCCGACCACUGUAGCCAUGCCCAUCAUGAGCACCAUGGGUGUCAGCGGCAUCAGCCUGGGGAUGGGCGGUGGACACGACUCCCCGCUCACCCUCACUUCUCUGGGGAUGGACCACAACUCCAGUCUGGGCAUGAACCAAGGCCAUAGCCAGGGCAUGGGGAUGGGAAUGGGAAUGGGAAUGAGCAUGGGGAUGGGGAUGGGGAUGGGUAUGGUGAUGAUGGGUGGCAAAACUACGGCAGGAGGCAGGAGAGGAGUGAGUGGGCGACCCAUCAAGCCCCCAAAGAAGGAUUUACCAGACUCCAUGGUGCCUGCGCCGGUGCGCCGCAGCAAGCUUAGCCCCCAGCUGCGUUACUGCAACGCUGUCCUGAAGGAUCUGCUGUCAAAGAAGCACGCGGCGUAUGCCUGGCCCUUCUACAAGCCAGUUGAUGCCUCAACACUGGGUCUUCAUGACUACCAUGACAUCAUUAAGCAGCCCAUGGACCUCAGCACCAUCAAGCGGAAGAUGGACGGCAGAGAAUAUCUCGACUCCCAGCAGUUCUCUGCUGAUGUGAGACUGAUGUUCUCUAACUGCUACAAGUACAACCCCCCUGAUCAUGAUGUGGUGGCCAUGGCCCGAAAACUCCAGGAUGUCUUCGAGUUCUGCUUUGCAAAAAUGCCAGAUGAGGCUCCAGUACCCCCGAGCUCCUCGUCUUCCUCCUCCUCAUCUUCGUCGUCAUCAGAGAGUGAUCUCAGCAGUGAAAGUGAGGAGAGCGAGAGCAGCCCCAGCUCCGACUCUGAGGAGGAGAGGGCAAACCGGCUGGCAGAGCUGCAGGAACAGCUGAAAGCCGUACACGAGCAGCUCACUGCACUCUCUCAGGGCCCCAUCGUCAAACCCAAGAAGAAGAAAGAGAAGAAGGACAAGAAAAAGAAGAAAAAGGUAGAAAAAGAGAAGCAUCGGAAGAUAGAAGAAGAGCUGCCGCCUGUUAAACCUGCCAAGGCCCCUAAAAUCGCCAAGACUCCAAAGCCCAAGGCCAACCGAGCAGCGCCGCCUCCUGUAGUGCCCAUUAAGAAGGCACCAAGCAAGAAAAACAACAAGAGCAAAUCCAAAAAGGGUGGCAUGACGUUCAGCAUGCCUCAGCCGAUCCACGAACCCAUAGUGAGUCAUUACGACUCAGAUGAAGAAGAGGAGACGGCCCCCAUGUCGUAUGAUGAAAAGCGUCAGUUGAGCCUGGACAUCAACAAGCUGCCCGGUGAGAAGCUGGGCCGAGUCGUGUACAUCAUCCAGUCCCGCGAGCCUUCGCUCCGAGACACAAACCCAGAAGAGAUCGAGAUCGACUUCGAGACGCUGAAGCCAUCAACGCUGCGUGAGCUGGAGAGAUACGUCAUGACGUGUCUGAGGAAGAAACCUCGGAAGCCAUACGCAAGUAAAAACAACAUAGCCGGCAAGUCACGGGAAGAACUCGCACUGGAGAAACAAAUGGAGCUGGAGAGAAGGCUGAUGGACGUCAGCGGGCAGCUCAACUCUGGAAAGAAGCCUGCAAAGACCAAACCAGAGAAACCCGCCGCAGAGCAGAACACCCAGCCGUCACGUCUCAGCGCCAGUAGUUCCUCCUCAGACUCCUCUUCAUCAUCCUCUUCCUCCUCGUCCUCAGACACAAGCGACUCAGACUCUGGCUGAGAGGCAGAGGGCUUUCCAAGUGAAAGGGGCCCUGAAAGUUUCGCUUCCCACCAAGUGGACUGAACUGCAGUAGAGCUACUGACAAUGGAGCCGCAGGACGGAUCAGAAGAGACCAGCACCAGGCAGAACUGGUCUGCCUCAACAAGUGUCAAAGAAAGAGAGAGAGAGAGAUGGGGCUUUCCCUGCGCUCAGCUCAUUCAUCCAAUCCUGUCCUGGACACAGAAAAGCUGAGGAUGGAUGGAGAGAAGGAGACUCACUGCCGUUCUCUGGAGAACUGGCUGUGCUGGGCGGUGGGAGGGAUGCUCCAUCUCCUGCAGGGAAAAGGAGAUGAGCGAAGCAUGUGUUGGAGGGUUAAGGGUGCUAGAGCCAGAAUCUGUCUCGUUUCUGGAGAUUAUUUCCCUUCUUCCCGUGCUCUCUGUCCUUAUGCUGUAUAGAUGAGGUGUACAGUUAUAUAAAUAUCUAUUUUUCUUUUAUAAAGAAGCAUUUUAUGGCUAAUUUAUUCCCUCAUUCUGGGAACGAUGAACUGGUGUGGGCGGAGUUGUGUUUUAGUUUUUGUUUAGAUUUUUUUCUUGAGUGACAGAAGGUAGAGGGGAAACACGUGUGUGUGUGUGUGUGUUUGUGUGUGUCUGUGCGAGUGUGUUCCGUAUGAAUGUGUCACGUAUGUGUUUGCAUGCACAUGUGUGAGUGUGAGAUCCGGCACCACAAGUGCUGCCUUGUGAUGUUCCUCAUAGUUUUGACGCAGGCGUUGAAAAUCGGUCUGCACGCAGAAGCACCUUGGUUCAGUAGAAUACAGAAUGCAUGCAAUACAGAGCUGACAGACACCUGCAUACUCAUGUACUACUUACUGCAUCCUUGUGUACUCAUGUACUCGUCUGAAAGGGUUGGCCACUGUACAGAAAUGUGACCUAGUUACACAUCAGUUUAUACAUAAAUAUUUCUGUUCCCAUGUGUGCUGUCUUUUUUUUUUUUUUUAAUUUCUCUGUAAACGUUCUUCUUUUCUUCCUGUGACCAAUCUGCUAAUAAACUGUGAGGACGUGUCUUGUCGACUCACCUGUGCCCAAAUUACAUCUCGGUUCUUUUGCUUUCUUUUGGUGUUCAGUUCUGUUUGACUUUAAUCACAAAUCACAAGAGUGUUUAAAGUUGCAAGAUUAAAAGUUUUACAUUUGAUAUUUUACUUAAGUAGGUGAAGCAUUUUAACGUGGUUUCCCAUGAGCCUUCACUUCUUAACAACAUGGUGACACAAAAGCAAAACAGCUUUGUCUUUUUAAAACUAUUUGGCCUUCGACAUCUUUGGCAGCUGAAAGUUUUAUUGUCUGUAUUUUGUUUGAGAGUCAGUUUACUUAUGUGUGUGAUUUAGCGACUGAUGACGGCUCUCCUGCAGCUUCAGGCUGCGGAUGCUGAGACUUUUUCUUCUUUAGCCUCUUUGUUAGAUUUUUAAAGCGAGUGACGGUGAAAAUAUGAGUGGCUUUUAGAUUUUUUUGGUUUGGGAUCCGGCAGCCAGUUUAACCUGUAGACAGAAAUCUGGUUUAAUGUUGUGAGUAAUGAUGCACUGUUUGUUUGGUGGUUCUGCUAAACAAGUUUGUGAUUUAGGAAUGGCCUGUAUCAAUUUUCGUUCUUUUCAAAUCGCCUGUGGCUUGAGAUUUGGACUAUUGUAUGUUUGAAACUGAUUAUUUAUUUAGCAGGAACUUGAAUGGAGAUACUUUUUUUUGUAAUAAUGAAAAUAAUCAAAUGAUUUUUAAGUCGAAGUCUACUCUGAAAUAUGCACAGAUUAACUGUCAGGAUUGUAGAUGUGUACAUAUUUUACAGUCUCAAUCUUGGAGCAUGUUUUUUUUUCCUUCAGUAACUUAGUUGAGCUUUUCUCUGCCGAGCAAAGUUGUUUGUUUUUUUGGGUGGGGCGGCUUCUGUUCUAACAACUAAAUACUCCGGUGUUGUCAGUCUUACCCUUCUGAGGUUUGUCAGAAUCUAAAUGCCUCUGUACUUGACUCCAUCGUUUCAUCUGAACAUCUGUACAUAAAUAAACUGAGACAUGUUCAUCUUU